AUGCAAUUUGUUCCCCAGCUUCUCCUCUACCUAUUCUAUAUUCCCGCCUUCAUUUUCAGUAUAAUUAUAGUAUUUGUGCUUCGGAAAUAUGUGAAAUUCGGAGCAUUUUAUCAAAUUUUCCUAGUCUCCUGGAUUCUCGAUCUUUCACAUUGUGCUCUUUAUUUAUGGCUACAUUGGGUGCAAAUUUGCUAUCCUGGUCAAAUCUACAUUGAUACUGGAUAUUACACAGGUAUACUAUUUCGAGCGGAGCGAGUGUAGACCGCAAGCUUCCGCGUUAAUGACAUGCGGAAGCUUCCACGUCAUAGGCAAUCCAGGUGGCCGCUAAAGCGGAAGGUAGUGCCGCUUCGCGGAAGCUUGCGGUCAACACUCGCUCCGCUCGGAAAAAAACAGUUAAAUUCCACCUGGCCGCUGCGCGGAAGCUUGCGGUCUACACUCGCGGCUUCGCCGCUCGAAAUUCAUUUUCUUUUUUUUUCAGUAUCUCUAGAGAAUAUUCUAUUAUUCACCCAUUUUUUAUAUAAUUAUAAAAAAAAACGAAUAUUUCAAACAAUCAAGCUAUUCAACGAUUAAUUUUGAGUGGAUAUAUCGUAACUUGCGAUCUCAUUUCAAUCAUUUUAACCAUCUUAACAAUCUAUAGAAUUCGAUUUUUCGAGACCGCCAAUGAGAAGAAGCUAAUUAUCGUAACUGCAUCACAUACAGUUAUUGCAAUUGUGGUUUUUCUUUAUCAAGUUACCAAAACUCUAGAACUACAAGAUCCAAUUUCUUUAUUUUUGGCCAAAUAUCGAACUAUUCUAACCGUCAUUUUUAUAUGCUGUAAUUUGGCGACGAUUUUAAUUGCUGAUUCGAGGAUUCGUCAGGAUUUUCUAGCCAUUUUUAAGUGUCGUGGAAAUUCGGUUUUUGUGAUCUCUGUGUGGAGUUCGGAGACCACAUAG